GGCACGGUUUCUUUUAAAAUCAUGGGGAUAUUCGAUGUUUCUCUACAGUCCUUCGAUUCUGUCUCUCUACUGGGGGCUCUGGCAGUCCUGCUGCUCAUCUAUUUCAUCUCCUCCUCCAGCUUCAGUACCCAGGAAGACAGGAAGGAGCCUCCAGGACCUACGCCACUUCCUUUACUGGGGAAUUUGCUGCAGCUGGACACGAAGAGAUUCCACAGCACAUUACUGGAGCUCUCUAAGAAAUAUGGAUCAGUGUUCACUGUCUAUUUUGGACCCAAGAAAGUGGUGGUCCUGGCAGGAUACAAGACAGUGAAGGAGGCACUUGUUAACUAUGAUGGCGUGUUUGGGGAUAGACAAGCAUCACAAAUUUUCCAGGAAUUUAGCCAAGGACAAGGGGUUACAUGGAGCAAUGGUGACUCAUGGAAAGAAAUGAGACGCUUUGUCUUGAACAAGCUGAAGGACUUUGGAAUGGGCAAGAAGGUAUGUGAGGACAAAAUCAUUGAAGAAAGUCACCACCUCAUUGAAGUUAUUAAGAAAUUCAAAGGAGAAGCUUUUGAUACAACCAAAGUGCUUGUCUGUGCAAUUUCUAAUAUCAUCAGCUCCUUUGUGUAUGGAAGCAGAUUUGAAUAUGAUGAUCCAGUGUAUGUGUCUCUGAGGGAUCAAGCAAGGCGACGUUUCCAACUUCUGAACUCUCCCUCAGUGCAGGUGUACAACUUGUUUCCAUGGUUCUUCAAGUGUGUGGCAAACAGAAGGGAAUACCACAAUUUGGUUGAUGACACUAAAAAAAUAAACUUAGCCCUUGUCAGUCGUUUGAAGGAGACCCUCAAUCCCCAGAUGUGUCGAGGAUUUGUGGAUGCCUUUCUGGUCCGCCAGCAAAAUGAGGAGGAAUCUGGGAUUACCAACAGCCAGUUUCACACUACUAACCUUGUGAUCACAGUCAUAAGUCUGCUGGCUGCUGGCAGCGACACAACAGGAGGUACGCUGGCAUGGGGACUCCUGUUUAUGGCCAAGUAUCCAAAGUUACAAGAUCAGGUCCGGGAGGAGCUGAGAACAGUCAUCGGAAGUCGUCAGGUCCAGUUCAGUGACAGAAAAAACCUGCCCUUCACCAACGCUGUCAUCCAUGAGACACAGAGACUGGCCAGCAUCGUCCCCGCUGCACUUCCUCACAAAACCACCAGAGACGUCACUUUUCAGGGCCACUUCAUUAAGAAGGGAUCCACAGUGUUUCCUCUCUUGACUUCUGUCCUGCAUGACCCCACUGAGUGGGAGAAACCACACUCCUUUUAUCCUGCCCACUUCUUGGACAAAGAUCAAAAGUUUGUCAAACGAAACUCCUUUCUGCCGUUUUCUGCAGGUCAGAGGAUGUGUCCUGGACAGAGUCUGGCUACGAUGGCGCUCUUCAUCAUCCUGGCCACCCUCCUGCAGCAUUUUCGUUUCACUCCUGCACCUGGAGUUUCAGAGGAUGAAGUAGAUCUGACUCCAUCUGGGAACCAUGGUGCCGUCCCUUUACCUCAUAAACUGUGUGCUGUUCCCCUCAUCUGAGGAAGAGGUUGUCCUUAAAAAGCUGCAUGACCUUGUGUAAUUAAUUCACCUCCAUAAUAUACAAAAUAGCAUAUUCCAAAUGUUGAGUUAAAAGUAAAAUGAGUAUUUAUUUAUUUUUUCUUGUGUUAAUAUAAUUUCAUACCAAAGCAAGUCUUGUAGUGUGACAGUUGAGGGCAGCGCUGAGCUGAAAGGUCAGGUGACUGAUAAUCAGAUAAAUUGGUGGAGGCUGUGUGUGAUCUGGUGGAUCAGUUGGAACAAAGGAUUCCAUGCUGCAGGGUGACAUCAGUGUGGAGGACCUACAGAAACGCUAUUGGUAUGACUGUUUAGCAAUUUAAGAUUCAAUUUUGAUUUAACUCCUGGUUUUAAUUUGAUAAUAGUGAUGCUAUGUGGCGGAAGAAAUGUUGUUGCAUUUAAGUUGGAGUUGUUUAUUUUCUUUGAAAUGUUUAAACCAAUAACUGGUGUUAUG